CUCACAUCUUUCUUUAUUCUUUCCAAUUACUUUAUAGACUUACAAUUUUCACACGUUCUAUACUUAUUGUAUACUAUCUAAAAUUUUGUAAUCAGUAUAUAAACGGAUAGAUCAAAAACCUUCCUAAUAUACCCAAAACAAUUCACGUUAAUAUCAAUUACGAGUGAUUAUUUUCAUAUCCCAAAUUUGCUUAAGAAAAAAUAUCAUAUCUCAAUGUUUCCAUGUAAACCACUAAUCCAAAUCAUAUCAUACAUGGUAUAUACAUAUUUACUUCUUAGAUUAGAAUAACGUACCAAACCUCUUGACUUAUAUAUAAUACUCCGUACUUUUGAAACAAAUUAAGAUUAAACCCAUGCAAACACAUUGACUUUCCAUCACUCCAGCACCCAAUACCUAAUUAAUCACACAAUUAAUCCCUUUUUGGUAUUAAUUAAUUCAAUCAAUGGCAAUUAUUAGGAUUAUCCCAAAAUUCUUUAUUCCCUUUCUCCUACUCCUUUCCUCAAGCUUCUGCAUCCAUCUCACUUGUGCCGACACUGGAGACUGGCAGACUGCACAUGCAACUUUUUAUGGUGGCAGUGAUGCUUCUAGCACAAUGGGCGGAGCUUGUGGAUAUGGCGACUUGUACAAGACAGGGUAUGGUACAGACAUUGCAGCAUUGAGUACCGCCCUUUUCAACGAUGGCCUGGCAUGCGGCUCAUGCUAUGAGAUCACGUGCACCGGCCCGAACUGCGUGCCGGGAAGCAUCACAAUCACCGCCACUGACCUCUGCCCGCCGAACACGAGCUUGCCCAGCGACAACGGCGGCUGGUGCAACCCUCCCCGCCCACACUUCGACAUGUCCCAGCCUGCCUACUUGAAAAUCGCCAUUUACAAGGCCGGAAUUGUCCCUGUUUCUUACCGCAGGGUAUCUUGCAUUAAGAAAGGAGGA